GAGGACUGCGCGUGCCCACCGCCGCCGCCGGCUCAGCCCGCCCCCUGCCCUGGGUGACCGCGGCCUGGUGCGGCGCAGGCGCAGACUUGCGUGGGUUCCUGGCGCACCGCAGCAUGUCGGGGGUCCGGGCGGUGUCGCGGCUGCUGCGCCAGCGGCGCCGGGUGCUGAGCGGACGUCAGUGGCCGGCUACAUUACACCCAGGCUCCCGCGGGUUCCACUUCACUGUUGACGGGACCAAGAGGUCAUCGGCUAAAGUUUCAGAUUCUAUUUCUGCACAAUACCCCGUGGUGGACCAUGAGUUCGAUGCAGUGGUGGUUGGUGCUGGAGGAGCAGGCCUGCGAGCGGCAUUCGGCCUCUCCGAGGCAGGAUUUAACACGGCGUGUGUCACGAAGCUCUUCCCCACCCGGUCCCACACUGUUGCUGCUCAGGGCGGGAUCAAUGCUGCGCUGGGAAACAUGGAAGAGGACAACUGGCGGUGGCACUUCUACGACACCGUGAAGGGCUCUGACUGGCUAGGAGACCAGGACGCCAUCCACUACAUGACCGAGCAGGCUCCCGCCUCGGUGGUGGAGUUGGAGAACUACGGCAUGCCCUUCAGCAGGACCGAGGAUGGGCGGAUCUACCAGCGUGCCUUUGGGGGCCAGAGCCUCAAGUUCGGAAAAGGCGGGCAGGCCCACCGUUGCUGCUGUGUGGCCGACCGUACUGGCCAUUCACUGCUGCACACGCUCUAUGGACGGUCCCUGCGCUAUGAUACCAGUUAUUUCGUGGAGUACUUUGCCUUGGACCUGCUGAUGGAAAAUGGGGAGUGUCGUGGUGUCAUUGCCCUGUGCAUAGAAGACGGGACAAUCCAUCGCAUCCGAGCCAAGAACACUGUUGUGGCCACUGGGGGUUACGGGCGCACCUACUUCAGCUGCACAUCUGCCCACACCAGCACCGGGGAUGGUACCGCCAUGAUAACCAGGGCCGGCCUCCCCUGCCAGGACCUGGAGUUCGUCCAGUUCCACCCCACAGGUAUCUAUGGUGCUGGCUGUCUCAUUACGGAAGGCUGCCGUGGAGAAGGUGGCAUCUUGAUCAACAGUCAAGGAGAGAGGUUCAUGGAGAGAUAUGCCCCCGUCGCCAAGGACCUGGCAUCCAGAGAUGUUGUGUCUCGAUCCAUGACACUGGAAAUCCGAGAAGGAAGGGGCUGUGGGCCUGAGAAAGACCACGUCUACCUGCAGCUGCACCACCUGCCCCCUGAGCAGCUGGCCGUUCGCCUGCCGGGCAUCUCGGAGACAGCCAUGAUUUUCGCUGGAGUAGAUGUUACCAAGGAGCCCAUCCCCGUCCUGCCCACAGUGCACUAUAAUAUGGGUGGCAUUCCCACCAACUAUAAGGGACAGGUGCUGAGGCACGUGAAUGGGCAGGAUCAGGUUGUACCCGGGCUGUAUGCCUGUGGGGAGGCUGCCUGCGCGUCUGUGCACGGUGCCAACCGUUUGGGGGCAAACUCUCUCUUGGACCUGGUGGUCUUUGGCCGGGCGUGUGCCCUGAGUAUCGCCGAGUCCUGCAGACCUGGAGAUAAAAUUCCCUCCAUUAAACCAAACGCUGGGGAGGAAUCUGUGAUGAAUCUUGACAAGUUGAGGUUUGCGGAUGGAAACAUUAGAACUUCAGAACUGAGGCUCAACAUGCAGAAGUCGAUGCAGAACCAUGCUGCUGUGUUCCGCGUGGGCAGCGUGCUGCAGGAGGGCUGUGAGAAGAUCAGCCAGCUCUACGGGGACCUGAAGCACCUCAAGACCUUCGACAGAGGGAUGGUGUGGAACACUGACCUGGUGGAGACCUUGGAACUGCAGAAUCUGAUGCUGUGUGCACUCCAGACCAUCUAUGGGGCAGAGGCCCGCAAGGAGUCACGUGGUGCCCAUGCCCGGGAGGAUUACAAGGUGCGUGUGGAUGAGUAUGAUUACUCGAAGCCCAUUCAGGGCCAGCAGAAGAAGCCAUUUGCAGAACAUUGGAGGAAGCACACCCUUUCGUACGUGGAUGUCCGGACAGGGAAGGUCUCUUUGGAAUACAGACCCGUAAUCGAUAAGACUCUAGAUGAGGCCGACUGUGCCACAGUGCCCCCCGCCAUCCGAUCCUACUAAGGGGCAGCAACCCCAUCCGGCUGUGUGUUCCAGUACCCAUUGGAGCCAGGCAGCCAGCCUUGCUACCAGUCGCCAGCCUGCAGGAAACUCGUGCUCUCCUUGUGCCUGCUUCGUUCUUGUGAGGUGGUAAAACCAGGCACCAUUCUUCAAUAAAACUUAAAUUACAAACUUG